AUGGCCAAUCCACAAAAUGUUACCCUUCUGGUACCGCUCCGGCCACCCUAUCACUGCCCAGCGUGCCUCCCUGUUUACAGGGAUUACGUCGACCACGGCGGCUUGUCACGCCACCUUCGACGUAUUCAUGGCGGGCGUCUCAAUUUUGAAUGCCGAGCAUGUGGAAGACAGUCAGACAAACUGAAGGAGCUGAAACUUCACCAAGCCCGUUCAACGCAAUGCUCCAACAUGUUCCCCUCCAUGUCUCCCGAUCAAGCCAGGGACCCAAAGCAGCGAGGGAAAAUACCCACUGGCGCACGGAGACGACUACGCCAAACUGACUACGGUCUUGACGAGGCCUACCUCGCCUCGCAGGCCGCCCUCAACAGCGAGGUAAGUAGCAGCCACCCUCGGCUCCCUACCUCACAUCCCAGGCCCACUCCUGCGGCUCAUCCUCCUACAGCCAGUCCUCCUCCAGCCGUCGAUACCAGUCCAGCCGGAGCUACUCCAACAGCGACAAGCACCAUCCAGGAUGUCGGUCCCACUCCAACCAGCACUGCCAGCGACACCUCGCCUACUCCUCUAGUAAGACGCCCACGCCGCCGUAGACGCCGUAAACCAUCCGACACUCCGGACGCUGCAAGCAGUCAAGACAGCAUUCCUGACAGCCCCGCCGAUUCCAAUGGAACCACCACUGCUGAGCCCAGUCCGUCCACGGCUCCUCAUCUGGACACCAACACCGUCCCCGAAGCCGCUACAGCUGACUGCCCACAGCCCCCUCCCGCUCUUGCCACAGAUCCCGUGCCCCGGCCUUGCACUCCUGCAAGCCAUCCGCCGGAAUACAACACCUCCUCCGACCCUCCAUCCUGGGUCCUCGCUUGGCGGGAUAGGUUCAACUAUGCAGUCGAUGAGGACAUGCUCGAAACGAUGGUAGACGACCUUACCUGCCUCGCUCAGAGCAUGACCCCUCAACAACAUAGGCCACCACAUCGUCCCAACCGGACAAGGCCUGCACGUAGCCGCAACAACAACCGUCGCGGCAACUUCAAUCCUGCUGAGGCUAGCAGGCUUCAACGCCUUUAUAGAGCAAAUAAACACAAGGCGUUCGAAGAAGUCACUCGGGGGGCCAGCCGAUUCUGUUCUGCCAGUAAGGCUGCCCUCACGGAGCACUUCUCUGCCACCAAUCCAGCACCCUCCGAACCCUUAUGCAGCCUUCUUCCACCUAGGCUGCAACCAACGACGAGCAACCCUCUCCAUACCACCUUCACACCAACUGAGGUUGCCAAACGUCUCACUAAGUGCCAUAACACGGCCCCGGGCCCUGACGGGAUCCGUUAUUACAUCUGGCGGCGCCUGGACCCGCAGGGACACAUCCUCUCGGCUGUGUUCAAUGCCGUCCAGCGUAUUGGCCACGUUCCUAGUGCGUGGAAAACCUCUACUACAAUCCUCCUCCACAAAAAGGGCGAUCCCAACGACAUCCACAACUGGAGGCCCAUCGCACUGGCCAAUACGCUUGGAAAAAUUUACUCCGCAUGUCUCGCCAACCGUCUUCUACGUUGGUGCGAAGACAACGAAAUCAUCUCCAACGCACAAAAAGGGUUCAUGCGUUUCGAAGGGUGCUCGGAACAUUCCUAUGUCCUCCAGUCUACUAUACAGCAUGCACGCCGUAAAAAUGGCGAAUGCCAUGUUGCGUGGCUCGACCUUCGUAACGCAUUUGGCUCCGUCCCGCACUCAACAAUAUACUCCUGUCUCAAGUGGUGCGGACUUGACGAAGCCUCAAUCGAAUGUGUCCAACUCCUCUUAGAAGGCUGCCACACUCGUAUCCGUAGCAACACAGGGCUCACCGAUCCCAUCCCUGUCUUGGCUGGGGUGAAGCAGGGCUGCCCGCUAAGCCCCAUCCUGUUCAACCUAGUCAUCGAGCCCGCGAUCAGACUCAUCAACAGCCUUCAACUUGGGUACCGUCUGCACGAGCAUGCCAUUUCCAUCCUGGCAUACGCUGAUGAUAUUACUAUCGUCAGCGGCUCCGCGUCGGGAUUACAAUCCCAACUCGACCUCCUUACUAACUGGGCUUUGCAUAGCGGCCUUACUUUCAACCCGGCCAAAUGCGCUACCCUGUCAGUCGCAGGGAAGUACCAAUGCUCUGAUAGCUCCAACUUUCGAAUCCAGAACUCCAACAUUCCCUGUCUUGGGAAAAACGACUCCUAUCAUCACUUAGGCAUACCCACUGGCUUCACGCUGGGGCGUUCCGCCGACUCCACCAUUGACGGUAUCAUAGCUGACAUCAAACACAUCGAUAAUUCACCUCUAGCCCCAUGGCAGAAAAUCGAUUGUGUCAGCACUUUCCUCACGUCCAGGCUCACCUUUCACCUUACUCUUGGAAAGGUGCACAAAAAGAGAUUGAGCCAACUUGACACCGUCAUCAAACGGAACGUAAAGAAAUGGAUGAAUCUGCCUCAGCGCGCUAGCCCCGAAAUAGUCUACAUCCCGCAUGCCCAAGGUGGCGCUAACGUGACGCCAUGCAAUGUUUUAGCAGAUGUGGCCCAGGUCAGUCACGCCAUCAACCUCAUCCAAUCCAAAGAUCCGGUCGUCGCUACCCUUGCAACCAAGACCCUGCAAUUGGUAGUCGAGAAGAGAAUAAAACGCCAACCGACCGAGGCCGACCUUUGCACAUAUCUGGCCGGCUCCAUGGAUAAUGAAUUUGGCGCUGACCCUUACGACAUUCCAUCGACCUGGACUCGUCUGCGCAUGGCCACUCGCCGCCUCAAGAAGCGCAUCAACAUCGAAUGGUCCCACACCGAAAACGGAGCCUUAAUUCCUACACUCGAUGGCACUCCAAUCAAAAAAACCACAGCCAUGAAGUCGAUCAGCGCCGCUGUAAGAGCCACAUUUCUUCAAUCCCUCCUCAAUAAGCCUGAUCAAGGGAAAGCAUUUAAGAUCACCUCAGCCAACAACAAUAGCAACCACUUCUUGCGCGAGGGUAACUUCACAAGGUUCGCUGACUGGCGGUUUAUCCACCGUGCUAGGCUAAGCGUAGUACCCCUGCGCGGCCUACGCCGGUUUGGUAAUGCCAGCCAGACCUGCAGAAGAUGUCAACGCCACCGUGAAACCCUCGCACACGUAAUCAAUCACUGUCCUCCGAACCUUCACCUGAUUACGAAGCGGCACAACGCCAUCUUAGACCGACUCAACAGGGCCUUCAAUCAUAAGGACUUAAACGUCUACAUAAACCAGCAAAUCCCGGACUUUCCCAGCUCCUGCAGACCGGACUUAGUGGUAAUAAACCAGAACCCCAAGACUGCAACUAUUGUGGACAUCGCAACGCCGUUUGAAAAUGGCGCUGAUGCCUUUGAACGUGCAAGAAGCGACAAAAUCCAAAAAUACGAGGAAUUGGCAAACCACUACAGGCGACAGGGAUAUGAUACCUUCAUCGACGCAUUCGUCGUGGGAUCCCUAGGUGGGUAUGACUCUGCCAAUGACUCCGUCCUCCAACGGCUCGGCGUAAGCAGAAACUAUGCAAAACUAAUGAGAAAACUGAUGGUUAGCGACUGCAUACGCUGGAGCCGCGACAUAUACGCCAGACAUUUAGGACACCGCAUCUAA